GAGUGAGCGCCUGGGCGCGGAGGUCCCCUCCCUCCUCGCUCCGAGUCUGCCAGCUCCCGCUCGCUCCCUGCCCACUCCCGGGGGGCCGUUCCGUGGCGCGGCCGCCGCGGCCACCGCUUCUUUCACACUUUAGUUGCCGCGAGCCGCGCGCCGCGCUCAGUGACUGGAGAGAGCUGGCCGCGCGCCGCCUUCCCGCACGCACGCACGCGGGCCCGGCUCCGGGGUUUUCGGCUUUUACUCCAGGCGGCGGGGAGGAGGGGGAGCCCCGGCCACACUGUAGGGAGGAGGAAGAGGAGGACGUGGAGGAGGGAGGAAGAGAAGAGGCGAGGAGGCCAGGGGCGGGGGGCGGGGGGCUUGCCACCUUCAGCCCCCCCCCGCGAGCGCCCAAGGUGUACACACUGUUACCAGCACAGCCACAAGGCGGAUUUCCUGUGUGCUUGAAGAGAGAGAAAGCAAUGUCCCCGUGUCUGUAGAGAUGAUUUGCAGUCCAGCCCUGCUGAAGCUGACCGAAUGAGACUAUGGGCUGUGCCUCUGCCAAGCAUGUCGCUACUGUUCAAAAUGAAGAGGAAGCACAGAGAGGGAAAAGCUACCAGAAUGGAGAUGUGUUUGGCGAUGAGUAUAGGAUCAAACCCGUGGAAGAGGUCAAAUACAUGAAAAAUGGGGCAGAAGAGGAGCAGAAAAUAGCAGCCAGAAACCAAGAAAACCUGGAAAAAAGUGCCAGCUCGAACACAAGGCUUAAAACUAAUAAAGAAAUCCCUGGAUUAGUUCAUCAACCCAGAGCAAACAUGCACAUCUCUGAAAGCCAACAAGAAUUCUUCAGAAUGCUGGAUGAAAAAAUCGAAAAGGGUCGGGAUUACUGUUCUGAAGAAGAGGAUAUCACAUAGCAUCGGUUCUCAGUCGGACCAGGAGCUACUACUGUGUAAAUAGGUUGCACCCCAGUUGAAACCUUUGCAAAGGUCGGUUCUCUUCACUGAACAGCACUAUAGCGAACGAAGACUGUUCCAUGUCCUAUGCCCCAUUAAAUUACAGUGUUUCUUAAUGAACCUGCAGAGGAAUAUUGCUAAACACAAACACACACACACAAGAACAAAAACAACAACAACAAAAAAAAAAACUGUUCUGGAACUUUCUUUGUUGCUGCUAGUUAAAACUUGUUGCAACUUUUCACUUCUCUCGUGUCCAAGUAUGCAGCAAAAUUCUGCAGUUCACUUUAAAGAUGUUAUUGGUUUCAGGAUGCUCUCUAGCCUGUAUCCUCGGCGAUUGGGUAGAGGUGAACUCUGAUACAGAUGUCAGUUCUAGCCUGGUUCUGCUUUGAUGUCAAGCAUCCCCUCCCUUCUAUUCUCCUUAUCCAUCUCUUUCGAGUGGUCCAGAGAUGGCCUGAGCCUUGCUUCUCACUGGUAACGUGGGGCUUUGGACAUGGGAUGGUGGCCACGGUGAGCCUAGUUUCUCUGCUUGAAAGAGCCACAAUUGAUUGAAAGCCUGUUGUAACCUAACCUGACUCCCGGAAGUGACAAAGGAACAAGUGAGCAGUAGGUUGUUCCGCUUACUAGGACUCUUAGUGCAGGAUUAAGCUUGUAGCAUUGGCUUUUGCUCAGAUGCAAAUGGAAGUGUGACCACGUGACCACAAUCAUUUUCAACCCCUCCCUCCUCACUUUUUUUUCUAAGAAAAUAAACAUUUUGCUGUUUUUCUGUAUCCUUGUCUUCUCCCAUUCAUCCAGUUCAGUUAAAGAUGACCCUAGGUGUGGAAGCUAAGUCCUCCUUCACAGGGACACUGAUGAUUGGCCUAAAUGGCUCCCCACCCUUCUGGAGACAUCGAACAUGGUUUGGAAGGGCUGUGAGUGGUCAGAGGAGAUGAGGCGACAACCCCGUGACUUCUUAGGAGGGCUGGAAACCACUGUCAACCUUUCACUCUGUUAACUUAUCAGAACACGCUGUUUUCUGAGUUCCCCCUUCGAUGUGUUAUGUGAGCCUUGCCCCUUCAUUCGUUUCUGUUUCCAGCUCUGGUAGUGUGGGUUAAAAAAAAAAAAAAAAAUGUCUGCCUACUAGAAAACAUAGGACAUCCACGCUGGUGAUGUUACUUGGAGAAGUGAAAGCCAAAAGCCCCUGGUGGUGGGGAGUGUUGACUGUGUGUUCAGUAGAGUUUAUUUUUCCAUACUAUAUGAAGAGAAUGAUCUCUUCUCAAAGACAGAAGUAAUAUUUUUAACAAAUAUUGUCACAAGUAAAUAGCAAUCAAAAGGAGAAAAAAUAACUUUUGUAUUUUUUUAAUCGUGUUUGAUAGCUUUGAUGAGGGUUCUCUUUGUUACUUUCAGGGGAGGGCACCCUAUUAAAUGCCACGCCAGCAGUCCUGGAUUGAGCUUGUCCUACACACACACACACACACACACACACACACACACACACACACACACGAAUGCUGUGUUUUUCUCAGAGGGUUGUGAAUUUCAAGGGUCUCACGAUCAGCCACACUGCCUGCCACCUUGGAAGAUGGAAUAGUUACAAGAGAGACAGUUAAGAUGCUCCCAAUUGUCUGGAAAUUGUCUGCCACACAGACUAAAACAGGAAGCUAAAUUCGUUCUUGCCGAAAUGAGCCUUGGCUUUCAAAGCUGUCCGCAGAUUCUUCAUCUCCUGUCAGACCCAAGGCAGCAAAAGCGAGGGGGAAAAUGCAGUGGAGUUCUAUAGAAAAUGGACUCGGGUGUUUAGCAACAAAAUGCCAUAAUUCUUGCAUCCAGCAGCAGCUAUUUUGGGGAGCAGCUGUGGUCGUUAUAUAAACAGAGUUUCAGCCCAAAGCUUAGGCUUUUUAUCCAGCUUCAAGCAGAAAAUACGGGGAGAGUCGAGCAGUCUGGGGUUUUAAGUUCCCUCCCUUCGUGUGUUUUUUCGGCCAAAGGACAAAAAUAGUUUUCCUCAACUGUAAAUGAACUGCUAAACCCCACCUCAGCCCUGUUCACUGGAGACUUUGUUCACUGUUCUCUGGAUGGCCUAUUCCGGAAUCUCAUGUUCUUAUCAAGCAAGAAUGAAGUGAAUGUUAACGUCUUCCGUUUGACUCCUCUACUUGGUGUCUAAGACAGUGUCUUUCCAGAAGACCAGCUCCCUGUACCCGAAGAUGAGACACCCAUGUCCUUUCCCUCGGUCACAGGUAGCACCUUGGAUGUCACUCAUGUCUCUCGGGAACCUCACUUUUGAGUGUUAAUGAGCCCCUAAGUGCUGUUUAGGAAACAGCGGUUUUCCACCAUUCUCUCGCCCAUGUUCCUCUCGGAUACUUUGCUGUAAAACGAAGUGAUUCUAUCUUCAGACGCACGUUUGGUCGCCUCUAGAAAUAGGUCCAAGAAAUGGGAUGGAUGACUGGGUUGGCAUGAAAUGCCUGACUGUGUUAGCAACACUCAAAACUGUCUGUUUUCCAUUUGUUGGUUUGAAUCAUAAAAUUGUCAAGUGAUUUGUGUUUGUACUUUAUUUUUCUAUACCUUCUGGAAGGAUCUAAAUUAAAAAUAUAUGCCCCUCCCCCAUGUCAGAACAUUAAGCAGACUGUCUCAGGUAUAAUGAAAAGAAUCGUCCAGUAGAGAUAGUGGAACAUCUUGCUAGUUGUCCUGUCUGUAGGACUCGAGAGUUGGGAGGAGGGAGGAAGGCAGGGAAAUGGCCUGGUAAAACCAGGAAACAAAUGUUGAAGAAUGGACAGAGGUUAUUUGGAGAGCUUUUAGUGUGGCUGUGUGCUAUGGCAGUUGGUCUAGCGGCCAGUGGGCGGAGUGGGCCUGCUGGAGAGAUGUGUAGCUGGGUUACGCACGGCUCGCCUUCCCCACGUUGUAGAGUUGUAAAGGUUCAGCAGUAUGUGCGCGGCUUUCUUUUGCUUGGCAGCGAUUCAGGACCACAGAGUGCUGCUCUCAUAAUUGAGUACGUGUUUCUUACUGGCAGACAAGCUCAAAAGAGGCUUUUACCUCGACCAGGCCUCCUAGCCCCAGGCUUAAGCAGAAGCAUAGAGUGACAUUAUGGUCUAUUUAGGAACAAAGAAGUUUCAAAGUCCAGUGAUGAGAAAACUAGGUCAGCCCCCAGAAACAGCCACACAGUGGCUGGUCUCUCCCUGUCUGCUGUGCCUAGCAUCUGAAGCUGGCCUUUGAUGACUCAAGUAAGAAAUACAUGGCCCAGGAAUAGCCUUGGUUCUCAGCUCCCAGGCGCCUGCCUGUUCCUCCACUAUAGAGCCGCUCUGUGUCCUGGGUGUACCAGAGAGACAACUGCCCAGCCGGGUGUGGUAAGCUUCACACUUGACCCAGUUGAUGGCCUCCGACCUUAAGUUAUAACUUCGUCCUCCACCCAACCUCACAUCCAUGUUUCCUCCUCUUCCAGCAGAAGUCCUAUAACCCUGCUGAAACAGAUUACACCUCCCCUGAGCUGUCCCUCAGUCACCUACAGUGCAGUUUGGCAUAGUGAGAAGUCCUGUUUAGAUGCUGGGUGAGAAUUUAAAAGUUGCCCCAUCUCUACUAGUCCUGAGAAAAGAAACUUCAUUAAAUAUGUUUGUUUUAUAGUAAGAGAAAAGAUCACCUUCUUAAUGGAGGAAAAGACAAAAGACAUUUGAAAGACAAAGUGAUUGGUAUCAGAAUUCGCUCCCUUAAGCUUCUCUCAAAAACAAGGGAUGGGGCAGCAUCAUGUUGUACUCUAAUUUUACAUGAACACUGCCUUUCUGGCUCUUUCCACCAGAAAGCUAUCUCUGGGCUAUAUUUCUUUCUACCUUUUUAGAAAUCAGUCCUUUUGUUAAGUUGUUUAUAACUCCAAUAGAAAAAUAAGGCAUGGUCGGUGGGUAGGGAUGAUGUAUUUAAAAGGCAUAAUGAAAUAGUAGCUGGAAGCAGGGCCUUCAAGACAUCAUGGGUGGAUUGGCAGACCCCAAGGUGCCCCUGCAAAGCUAUGUGAGCCCUCUACAGAUGCUCUGGGAUAAACUGGUGGAAUGCCUUGAAUGAGGUCCGUGGAUCUCCUUUUUGCAGAUAAGUGGAUGAUUCUAAUAUCUAUGGGGAAGGCACCUUGAUAUCUGUCCACAGUCACCUUUUCUAUUAUAUCUCGGGGGGGGGGGGGAUGAAACAACCCUCACAAGUCUGUGGGAGAAUACCUGCCCCUAUGACAAAGCCUGGGGCCGUUAGUGAUGCUGAGGUUUCCAUCGUAGCUGAGAUCUGAGUUUAUCUUGAGUGGGAAGAGGAAAAGCAGCUCUAAUCGUUGUUAUUUAUGUUCAGUCUGUGGCUAGUGUUGCCGAUGACAUGCUGUCCUUAUUCCGUGUGUCCCUCAAAACAGUCCCUUCACCCCCGAGUUCUAAGAAGUGUGUCUUACAGUUGAAUCCAUCUGUCCAACGAAAACACAUGUGUUGAAAGAGGAAACAUCAUUAGAGUAUAUUUCUAUUAGUAUUAUUACUACACACCUUGCAACACUGUGAAAAAAAAAAAACAAGCCUUGAAGGGGCAUCCACCUUCUACAGUCUCUCUUUGGCUCCGUUACCAGCUUACUAUCUUCAUGGGGACUCUUAGCUGGCCCUCCCUAAUCCUAUAAACUGCACAAGAACCUGAAGAAGCCACUGGUGACAGAAGACUUUGGGGCUCAGAGGGAGAAGGCUUGUGGGAGAGGGUUGUCACAUCCUUUCAGCUUUUGAGAAAAGAGGCAACUUAUUCCACCUUUUGGGUGCUGUGGAUCCCCCGGCUCCCCUCAGUCCCCUAAGCUUGUUUCUUCAGAGGCUUUUCUUCGGUAGGCUAAACGCAGAGAGAUCUGAAAGGCUGAGGAGAUAAUGCCUGGACCAGUGACCUGGAUGGAGAUCCUUUCUGGUAGGCUACAGUUGAGUGUUUCUUUUUGAUCGAGAGUCUGAAUUUUCCAGGCUAGUUUUAAGUACCAGACCUAGAUAUGACUCUCAAGAUCUUAAACGUUUUCAGAAGUCAUGUGGUAACCUAGAGAGGGUCACUGUAGUCCAAGGAUGGGCCAGCAGCUCAGGAACUCCACAGAGUUCAUCUCCUGGCUUCAUAAGACUCCUGGGGCAAGAGAUGACUCAUCGCUCCAGCAGCUGGUAAAGGUGCUACCUGGAGGGGACCCACAGUCACCCUCAUUCAAAAGGAUGUCCUUGCCCAGGUUCCUUGUGACUAGGUCUUCGAGAUGCUGAUUGCUUCUAACCUAGCAACUUGCACGUUCCCUCGGGAUGAUGUGGGGAUGGCUCUUAUCUCUUGGAAGCCAGAGGGAUUCCUUAAAGUCAGGAAGGUCCCACCAUGCCCAAGUCUCCUGUAUGGCACUGUCUCUUUGCCUUGGUACAUUCUUCUCCCCUUCCCGGGGACUAUUUUUAGACCAGGUCUUUGAGUUUGACUGAAUACGAUUUAAAGUAAAAAGAGCAGCCUAAACUUAGCCAGAACUGCCUUCAGUUCUACAGGGUUGAAAAUUAGACCUCAGGGGGCGACUUGGCUCAGCCCCAGGAGUCAAAAAUAAAAUAAAAGCUUAGCGUUUCAGUCCAGACCUUCAGGGUCUCUUCUCCUUUGACAGACAACUGAGCAGUUUUGCAGGAGAUGCCAAGCCAGAUUUUUUUUUGCCAUCCAAAGAAAGAUGUAAAUUCAUAAAAUUACUGUUUUCUUGGAUCAGACCCAGACAGUUGCCUUAUUAGGACUUUAAAUUUGGAUCUAUUCUUUUAAUACAUACACAACGAUAGAUGGAUAAACAAAACAUAAAUACUUAAUCAUAGACAGGCUGAGGGUAGGGGGAAGCUGGCGCUUACCAUUUUGUAAUCACUACAAUAAUGUCUGAGGGAAAUAUCCACAUAACUACAAGGAAGUAUAUACAGCAAAACCCCGUGGCUGCUUUUACAGCCAAUGGGAGCACCGAGGUCUGUGAGUGGGCUCUCACCUUGUGCCCUUCUGUGCCUGUGUCUGCAUGUCUGGUUUCUCUGGGCCUCUAGAUCCACGUUUUGGCUCAUGCUCUUUCCCAGGUCACUGGGAUCGACGACACGUGCCAGGGCCAGCCCCAGCAUUGCUCAUCAUUCCCACUCAUCAGUGUGGCCUUGACUGUGACAUUGCAGCUGCUCCACUGGGACGUGAUGUUACCAACCUGGAGAGUUAAAAGUAUUUUUCCUCGGGUUGUCUCAGGUGUAGUUACUCCUGGUAGGCUCCCGGCCCUGAGCCGAUGAGCAAGCAAUAUGAAGGUGAACCAGUUUCUCCCCUCCAGAGGCCUAUCACGAGGGGGAAACAAUCCAGAAGGGCCACCUUAGAGACAUCGCAGGACCCUAUGGGAUCACAUCGCAGUGGUAGCCAGCCAGCUCCAGGCAUAGAAGCUUCCAGAAAACAAUGAGAACAAAAUUCAUCCUUGUCUGGGCACAGAGAGAAAGCUAUCCAAGGAGUCGUCCAUGCUGAGAGGACAUGUCUUGCAUAGGUGGGCCAUGGGACCUUCAUGCCAUUGGACCUUCAUGGGAAUAGGGGUGGAGCUUAGAGUAGCAGAGAGAAGCGCAAAGGAUGAGAACAGGGUAGCAAACCAGGCUCUGCGGCUUCGCUGUGGAUUCGUAGACUGUGAUGGAGUUGCUGAUAUGCCUCUGCACACUCCACUCCGCGUUGUCCCUGAGAGCAAGAUGUGAUCGUUCUCAGGAUGGGGAUUGCCUUCCUCUGGAAAUACACAGCAGCUGGCUGAAAAGAUUCAUGCCCACCAUCCUCUCUCCCCUUCCCAACUUCUCUUCCUGCCUCUAAAAGCUAUUGGAGUUCAAGGGCUUUACCUGGGCUCAAUCUCCUUUGGAGAUUUGUGGGAGAGAGGGCUGGGUCAUCCUGACCUGUCUUUAGAGAAAUGAUGGCUAAAAAUACCUCUUGGGACUUAGGUUGGCCUAGACCUGGAGAUGAGAGUGUACCCUAAAAUAAAUAUUCAGGGAGUGGUGAAGGCUUCCCUGUUUAGCAUGUGGUUCUAGCCAAGUUCGUAACCUUUGCAUAGCCUUCCCCUGGGUUAGGUCACUAGCACUGACCAGGGAGGCAGCCAGGCCUCUGCUAGGGCACAAGUGCAUACCUGAGUCUCGCCCAGGAAAGAGGAGCUGGGGAGCUUGGGGGUGGGGGCUUUGUUUUGUUUUGUUUUUUAUCAUAAAGUACAAAUAAGUUGUGUGCAAAUGCAGACUGUGCACAGUGGCUGAGGACCUUGUGGGGCAAGAUGGGGGGGGGGGGGCAGCAGAAUCGGGCUGUGAAACCAAGUCACAGUGCCUUUUAGGGUUUCCAAAGAACCUAUUCAGUUCACAGCAGUGGGUCUCUCUCUCUCUCUCUCUCUCUCUCUCUCUCUCUCUCUCUCUCUCUCUCUCUCUCUCUCUCCUAUAAAAAAGAAGAAGAAAAGUUCUAGGUAGAAGAAGCAGAAUUCGAUCCAUUAGAAUACUAGCAAUAAGUAAUAAGCCAGCUUGACCAGAAAGCUAGGCAGAGAUUCACAUGGGGUGAGGUCCCCAGAGAGGCUGGAGGCUGAGGGCGGCUUUUCCAGCCACAGGGCUGCGCCUCUCUGCUUGAGAAUUCCAGGCAGCCCUUCCUUGUUGCACCUGAUGCUUGCAGCUUCAAGCUGCUUGCCCCCCACCCCCUUCCUGGGUACAGCCAGACACACCUAACAUCCAUUUCCCAGCUAGACCUCUUGCUCCUCACCGAAGGAUUUCUUGUUCUGUGUCUUGUGGUUCCCUCUGUCGUAGCCCACCGCCUAACUCUGGUCUGUAUGGAUGCUGAUGCUGUAAGCCAGUGGAACAUGUGGCCCCUCCCUAGCCCACUUGAAAAUUAGGGUGCCCCCUCAUCAUCUCCUGCCCCUCCCCCAGCCUGGCUCAGUUCUCACUCAUCUCUAUCUCGCUGGCAAGACACAGUCAAGCUGCCUCCACGCCAGGUGUCAAAGGCUCCUCCCACAGGUAUUGGCGGUUAUUUAGGAAGAUUGCCUUGGUUCAAGGGAAAGCUACUAGGGAAACAAUCAACCUCAACCUAGUUUUGCCUUUCUGAGCACCUAAAAAAUCAGCUCGGGUGGACCUGGGAACAUGGAGAGAGGUAUGCUGCCUGCACAUGGACCUGUUUCCAUCCCACGUGACUACUACCCCAAAACCUUUGUGAGGCGCAGCCUCCUGUACAAUAAUCCGUUAUAGCAUACAUCCAUUCACUUCUAUAGUAAUAGACAUAGAAGAAAAGGGCACAAUUUUAAAACAGCGAUACGUAAAUCAGUACAAAGGUAAUUUCCUCUCUGCACUAAGUGUGGCCAUGGGUAACUCUUGGUGUGUUGGAUACCCACUUGAACAGCCACUACUCUUGCGCAAAUCAGAGUACCGCAAUGGCAUCCCAAACCACUGUUUGGCCCUCCGCCUGCAGAAGGAAAAAGUCACAGAGCAAUCCCCCGAGAGCUUUGAGUCUGAGAAGUCUGAGACAAACUCACACAGCCUAAAUUUAAGUAACCGAGAGCCCUGGCAGGGGAGGCGCCCCUAGACAGUAGUGGCUACCGGUGCUAAGAACAAGCACACCGUACAAAGCCAGCCAUUGUCCGUCUUCCCUCCCUGGGUCUCCCGAAAAGGACGUUGUCAUUAUCCCAACGCUCUCCUGAAUGGAAUUCUUUGAACCCUCAAAGUGAUUAGGCCAUACCAAUCCCAUGGCACCAGUGGACUGUGGCUUGAAUAUUAUUUUUGAUUUGACUAUCAAAAUGUUCUGAUGAUUCUGUUCCAUUUUGAAAAGGGUCUGAGAAAGUAUACGAGUCUAAUUAUAUAUACAUAUUUAUACAUGUGUAUUUUUGUUUAUUGUUACAUUUUGACAUUGGACUUUCUAUUAAAUAAUUUUUAACAGUU